GCAAAUCCCUGCAUAGGGUCCGCUCGUUCUCUCCAUCAGAAUAGCUCGGAGGCUGUUUGCUGCGGUGCGGAGCCAUCACCAACUCUCCUCCUCCCGCUUGGUCUUCUGAUCCAGCAGAACACCGACCGAACCUGAACCAUCUGGACAUAUCUCCGAGGGACGGAGCUCUCCUUAUGGGCUCACAAUGCGCAGGAUACGGGCCAACGCCAUCGCAAUCUUGACUGUAGCGUGGAUCCUGGGAACAUUUUAUUACCUGUGGCAGGACAAUAAGCCGCACACAUCAUCCCCGUCCUCGGCCUCGCAACCCCGCGUCGGGGACAGCAGGAGCCAUGCCGGGCGACCUGACAUCCACCGAGAUGACAGUCACAGGACCAUUCCGCUAAUCAUGACCCAGUCCCCACGGGCGGAGCCGCAGCAGGGUCAGCUCAUAGGGAGUUUCGAUGAGAAGGCGUACCUGUUGGAGAAACAGCUGAAGGCGGGAGACGACCCUUACAGAGACCACGCCUUCAACCUGGCUGAGAGCGACCGACUCGGCUCCGAACGGGCCAUCAGAGACACACGACACUACAGAUGUGCCUCCGUGAAUUACGAUGCUAACCUUCCUCCUACGAGCAUCAUCAUCACCUUCCACAAUGAAGCUCGCUCCACCCUGCUCCGCACCAUCAAAAGUGUCCUGAUGAGGAGCCCUCCCUCUCUGAUCCAGGAGAUCAUCCUGGUAGACGACUUCAGUUCCGACCCUGAGGACUGCCAGCUGCUCUCCCAGAUCCCCAAAGUACGCUGCCUGAGGAACGGCCGCCGAGAGGGUCUGAUCCGGUCUCGGGUACGAGGGGCGGGAGCUGCCUCCGCCCCAAUCCUGACCUUCCUGGACAGCCACUGUGAGGUCAACACUGACUGGCUUCAGCCCAUGAUACAGAGGGUCAAAGAGGACCGUACCCGGGUGGUCAGCCCCAUCAUCGAUGUCAUCAGCCUGGAUAACUUUGCCUACUUGGCAGCUUCAGCUGACUUGAGGGGAGGGUUUGACUGGAGUUUACACUUUAAAUGGGAACAGAUUCCCAUCGAACAGAAGAUGUCCAGGAAUGAUCCUACUCUGCCUAUCAGAACUCCAGUGAUUGCAGGAGGGAUCUUUGUGAUGGACAAGAGCUGGUUCAACCACCUGGGGCAGUACGACACUCACAUGGACAUCUGGGGAGGAGAGAACUUUG